GGGUUGCGAUGUCCAGCAACAACAUGGCGGACCCGCGGCGGCCUAACCGCGUGCUCAGGUACAAGCCCCCAUCUACAGAGAACAACCCUACCUUGGAAGACCCUACACCAGACUACAUGAAUCUACUGGGAAUGAUUUUCAGUAUGUGUGGCUUGAUGCUGAAGCUGAAGUGGUGUGCGUGGAUUGCUGUUUACUGCUCAUUUAUCAGCUUUGCCAACUCGAGGAGCUCGGAAGACACCAAACAGAUGAUGAGCAGUUUUAUGCUGUCUAUCUCUGCUGUGGUGAUGUCCUAUCUGCAAAACCCUCAACCCAUGUCUCCUCCUUGGUGAAAGGAUAACUUUUCUCCGCAGCUCUCUGCUCUUGUAGAGCAGAAUAUCGUCCUUGUUGAAGGGAGAGGACAUUUUUUCUCAGGCAAU